CGAGAUUCGUGCAGAAACAAUCAUGAAAUAUAUUUUUGCAACUGUGCAAGUGUUGACCUUGAUUUGGUUGGUCGCCUUGGCAUUCCCGCAACGAGACUGGUCGAGCGACAUUUUCGAUGUCUUAAACAAUGUGUCGGAUGGAAACAACAACACUCAAGAAACAACAUCUAAUUGUCCGUGUAUCGCUACUGCAGAGUACAAUCCGGUGUGCGGCUCUGACAAUGUUACUUACUGGAACAUGGGAAGAUUUAAUUGUGCAAAGAACUGUAAUCCACAACUUGAAAUAAGAAUAACAAGAGCCUGCGAGCCAUACAGUCAACUAUCAGCAGUUUGAAUAUAACUUAUCAUCGCUUUUAUGCAUUGCUUUUAUAAAAAAAUAUAGCCUACAACAUAAUAUAGACAUACAUAUGCAAUAAAAACUUCAUGCUAAUACGGUCAAGAAGCUAAAUUUUGUGCUAACGUAUGUAUAUUAGCGCGCUUACAGUAUAAUUUUGACAUUUUUAUACAAUGUAUUAAGAGCUGAAAUAAAUUGUAUAUCGUAA